UCGGCUCCGCUUCGGCCUCGGCUCGUCUUCGGCUCCGGCUCGGCUCCGUCUGGUCCUGUUCCCUGCCCUCCUCCUCCUCCUCUUCCUCCUCUUCCUCCUCCUCCUCAUCAGGGUCCGGCGGCGCCAUGGAGCAACAAGAAGAGCUAUUAAAGGGGGCCGAGAGGCUAGCGAAACACAUGUCGGUGUACCAGCAGGAUCUGGCUCCAGACAUCACCACAGAUGCCAGCUACGCCGCGGAGGCUAAAGAGGCGCUGAUAAACGAAUGCGAGGAGCUCUGGAAACAGAUGGAAGAAUGUCAGAAUAAGUUGAGCUCUCUUGGACCUGAAACUCUUACAGAUUCAGAUGCUCAGCUCUCGUUAUUAAUUAUGCGAGUGAAAGGCCUGACCGCCGAACGCAAUCAGUGGCAGAAAAGAACUCCUGAAAUAGUCCCAAACAAUCAAGAUAUCCUCUCGGCAUUAGGGAAGGAAGAGUUGCAAAAGUUAGACCAGGAUCUUGAAAUGGUGUUGUCUGCAGUUCAGGCCCAGAACGUGAAGCUGAAGGAAGACCUGAGGCGAGAGCAGCAGUGGUUGAACGAGCAGGAGCAGCUGAUAGAGUCUCUUAAAGUGACACACGACGAGCUGAAAACCCAAGAGGUUCACUUUUCGGAAGAAAGAGCCGUUCGGGAAUUAAAAAGUAAGAUGAUUAAAAUCAAAGCGUAUAAGGAGGAGCUACUGAGCGCCCUGGGCGAAUUUCUGGACAAUCACUUCCCUCUCCCUGAGGAAGAUGAAAAUGUCAAAAAGAAGAAAAAGAAAAAGUGUGCGGGACCAACUGUACAACUAAUCAGUCUGCAUGAAAUUUUAGAGAUUCUCAUAAGCAAACUACUGACCGCCCCACACGAGCCCUAUGUGGCAAUUCAGGAUUCCUUUUGGCCACCUUAUAUCGAGCUGCUGCUGCGGAGCGGGAUUGCGCUGAGGCACCCGGAAGAUCCGAAUCGAAUUCGCUUAGAAGCCUUCCACCAGUGAAAAGGCAGCCGGGAACCGGGCUCUCUUGCUGUGAGGAGACCACCCCCCUCGCCCGACCAUCUUGCUGGACGAAGACCAGCGUCUGUCGAGAGACGGCGGAUUGUGUUUAAGGCUGUGUUUUAUAAUAACCCUGAAUAAAGUCUCGGUAAUUACGCCCAAA